GCGAGUUUCACCGCGAGACCCCUACUCAACAUUAUAAGAUUCAGGACCUGUCUAUCGACCGUGGACUUAAUAGAUUUAAAUAAGCAAGAUGUAAAUAAAGAUUGAUUUUAAUUCUUUUUCCAUUUAAAUAACGGCAAGAAUCGGAUAAAUACUAUCAAAAAGGAAAAUAUGUCAGGAAACUUAAAGAAAAACUGGAUUGAACACAAUGCAAAGCACAAAGAAAAGCGAAAAAAUCGAAUGGAACAAAAGUUAGAGAAAAAAUGCAAACGGAAUGUAGUUAGUGAUGAAGAUGAGGUAAAAGGUGGUGUAAACAAGAAUGGUGUAUCAACAGUUAGCAUUGCUGUGCCAGGAUCAAUUUUAGACAAUGCUCAGACUCCUGAAUUACGAACUUAUCUUGCGGGUCAAAUUGCGCGUGCCGCUUGCAUAUAUAAAGUGGACGAAAUUGUUGUUUUUGACGACAAAGGCGACACGAAAGUAAACGAAAAAUCGACUUAUAGUGAAGAGAGUACUUCUUGUCUACAAUUGGCUAGAAUAUUACAGUACCUUGAAUGUCCUCAAUAUUUACGUAAAUAUUUUUUUCCAUUACAUAAAGACCUUCAAUUUGCUGGUUUAUUAAAUCCUCUUGAUGCUCCUCAUCAUUUGAGACAACAAGACAUUUCUCUUUUCCGUGAAGGUGUCGUAAAGAAUAAGCCAAAUAAAGUUGGUAAGGGUUCUCAAGUAAAUGUAGGACUCUUUAAUGACGUUUAUGUUGACAAGGUUCUGACUCCUGGGAUAAGAGUGACAGUUAAACUUUGUCAAGAAGAUGUGAAUUUAAAAAAAUUAAACGGCAUUGUUGUAUCUCCUAAGUUGCCUAGGUCGGAAACUGGGAUUUACUGGGGUUAUUCAGUUCGUUUAGCAAAUUGUAUAAGUGAAAUUUUCACAAAGUGCCCCUAUACAGCAGGUUAUGAUUUAUCUAUUGGUACAUCGGAUAAAGGCUCAUGUAUUGAUGAUAUCCCUUCUCAUAGCUUGAAAUAUCAUCAUUCUUUAAUCGUUUUUGGAGGACUUUCUGGAUUAGAAUCAGCUAUUGAACAAGAUCCUGUUUUAAAUACCCAUGAUCCUGCUUUGUUAUUCAACAAAUAUUUUAAUACUUGUCCCGAGCAAGCUUCGCGGAUUAUUCGAACUGAGGAAGCUAUUCUCAUCUCACUUGCUGAAUUAAGGCACAAGUUAUCUCCAAUACAUUGUCCAGUUGAUAAUCAACAAUUUUCGGACAAUAAUUUUAUAAACAAUUCAUAAAUUUUAAUUUUAUGGAUUAAUUACUGUUAAAAUCUGGACAUUUAAUCUUUUUCACAUUAUUCAUAAUAUACUAUUGUUGAAAAAUAAAAAAAUCUAAGAGCGACCCCAUUAACAAUUAUUCUGUGUUUUGAAUAUUAUUUAUUUUCUCAUAAACCUCCUUUCUUUAAAAACACAUUGCAUGAAGAUAUCUCGAUGACUAUCGAACAAAAGUCGAAUUUUUAAAUUAGAAAAAGAAAAAUAAGAUUUUUGCUUACAAAAGUAUCUAAAUUAAUGUUCAUUUUAUGAAAAUCACCUUAUAUUAUUGUUCCUCAUGUUUUGCAUAAUUUAUUUUCUGACAAUAUAAACUUGCAAAGAAUUUAUUUAUUGUAAAUGAAAUUUAAUAAAGUAAUUGUAAUAAAUUAUGAAACAAA